AUGGGUUUUCAAGUGGACCCAAGGGACAGGUCACGAGCUUCUCGGGGUCCUAUCACGGGGGCCACAGAAUGGGAUUUUUUAACUAGAGCCGCGAAUAAUCAUUGGGUUGGUUUAUUUGGGGUUAAGCCGACCGAAAAGUCCUCUUUUCCACCUGUUUCUAUUACUUGUGAUAAGGCUAGUGGAAAGGUUGCUUUGUCGAUCCCGGACCAUGUGAUUGAUCACGACGUCGAUGUUAUGGCACUCACCCUUGUUGGAAAGUUCAUUGGACCUAGACCCAACAUAUACUCAGUGAGGGUCUUUGUUAGUCAAAGGUGGAAGAUCAAAGGGCAAGUUGAGGUUUUGACUCUCCCUCAAAGUUUUUUCUCCUUUGCAUUCUCAUGCAUUGAGGACAUCAUGACUAUUCUUUCUGGGGUCCAUGGAUUCUCCUUAACCCUUAAGAAGUGGAGUAUGAAUAUGGAUAUGUCUGAUGCCUUUUUUGAAACCAUUCAUGUCUGGGUUAAGUUGCCAGAGCUUCCACUGGAAUACUGGCAUGAAGAUAUUUUUAAGGGCAUUGCUGGAGUGUUUGGUGAACUUCUAUCCAUUGACCCUAUGACGACGGCUAGGAAAAUUAUGGUCUAUGCUAGGAUUUGUGUGGGGGUGUCGAGAUCUAAGGAUCUUCCUUUGUUGGUUGAGCUGGUGUUGAAGUUGAGAACGCUAGUUCAAACUAUUGAGUUUGAAUCGUUACCUUUUGUUUGCUUGUGUAAAAAGGCAGGCCAUUGGGCAAAAUGUUGA